UUUAUUUUUGUUUUAAAGUCAAAAAUCCUUGCGUGAAAGUCUAAAACCCUAGUGACCACCAAGUUUCAGAGCCUCUCUUCUCUUUCUUUCUCACUCUCGCCAUUUCAAUGGCGGAACAUCAACUCUCCAAGACGUUCCCUGUAAAACCCAAGCUCAAACCUAAGCCCAGGACCCAGAAACAGACUCCAGAAUCCAAAUACUGGUCUUCCUUUAAGUCUCAACAAAUCCCUAACCUCAUCUCCUCCAUAACAUCCCUCACUUUCUCAUCCACUCCCGCUCGCCCUUUCGCCGCCACCCACUCCGCCUCUCUCACCAUCUUCAGCUCCCAAACGUUCUCUACCACCACCACGAUUUCCUCCUUCUCCGAUGUCGUUACGUCCGCCUCGUUUCGUUGCGAUGGUCUCCUCAUCGCUGCCUCUGAUCUCUCGGGUCUCGUUCAAGUCUUUGACAUCAAGGGGCGAACCCCGCUUCGUAAGCUUCGCUCCCACACGCGCCCAGUUCGAUUCGUCCAAUAUCUAAUCGCCGAUAAGCUCCACCUUGUAUCGGGCGGCGACGACGCUCUCGUUAAGUACUGGGACGUCGCCGGAGAAACCCCAAUUUCUGAAAUGCGGGGCCACAAGGACUACGUCAGGUGCGGUGAUUGCUCGCCUGUGAGCUCGGAGAUGUUCAUCACCGGCUCCUACGACCACACCGUCAAACUCUGGGACGUGAGAGUGGCCGAUUCAAAAUCGGCUAUCAGUAUAAACCACGGAAAUCCGGUCGAAGACGUAAUAUUCUUGCCUUCCGGAGGGCUAGUCGCGACAGCGGGCGGAAAUUCUGUGAAGAUUUGGGACAUAAUUGGAGGUGGGAAGAUGUUGUGUUCGAUGGAAAGUCACAACAAGACAGUGACCUCGCUUUGUGUGGGAAAGAUGGGGAAAGAUAGCGGAGAGGAGUCUCAGCAAUAUAGAAUCAUGAGUGUUGGUCUUGACGGGUAUAUGAAGGUUUUUGAUUAUGCCAAGAUGAAGGUCACUCAUUCAAUGAGGUUUCCAGCCCCACUAAUGUCAGUGGCAUUUUCACCAGAUUGUUCGACGAGGGUCAUCGGAACAUCAAAUGGGAUAAUCUAUGCAGGGAAGAGGAAGACCAAGGAGGCUGAAGAGAAGAAAGAUUUGAGGGGUUUCAUGGGUUUCAUGGGUUUUGGAACGGUGGAGGAACCUCAGGUAAGGGCGUUGAAGUCUUCUUACGUCAGAUACUUCCAUAGAGGGCAAGGAGAGAAGCCAGCCGAGGGAGAUUACUUGGUUAUGAGGCCAAAGAAAGUGAAGUUAGCAGAGCACGAUAAGCUAUUGAAGAAGUUCAGGCAUAAAGAAGCUUUGGUAUCUGUAUUGGGGAGUAAGCAUCCAGAUAAUGUCGUGGCAGUAAUGGAGGAAUUGGUGGCGAGAAAGAAGUUGUUGAAAUGCGUUUUGAAUUUGGAUUCGGAGGAGCUUGGAUCUCUGUUGAUGUUUUUGCAAAGGUAUUCGACAGUACCAAUUUACUCAGCAUUGUUAAUGGGGUUGACUAAGAAGGUUCUUGAGCUGAGAAGUGAGGACAUUAAAGCCUCUGGACCUUUAAAUGGUCAUAUUAGAAACCUCAAGCGUUCUGUGGAUGAGGAGAUUCGGGUACAACAUUCUUUGCUAGAAAUACAGGGUAUUAUUUCUCCUCUAUUAAGGCUUGCUGGAAGAAGAUGAAGAUUUGAUUAGAUUUUUUCUCUUAUAGCUAUGGGAACUCUUCCAACUCUUUUACUUGCUGCAUGCUUUUUUGGUCAGUUUUCUUUCUCCCAUUUUACAAGGGAAUUUCGACAAUUUUGUUUAGUGGGUUUAACUCGUGCAACUUUAUAUCUUCUUUGGUAAUUGUUCUCGUGUGGAUAGGGAUAUUGGCUUUCUUUUCGUUUUUUUCCCUGAUAACAACCGAGAAAUAUUAUACAAAUCACAUCUGUAUGUUUAGUCAUGGUUUUAAAUUUAAUCCAUGAAUUCAAGGUA